AAUCUGGACCAUUUACCUCCCAGAAAUAUGGGAUGUAUAAAAUCAAAAAGGAAAGACCAUCUGAAUGACGAUGGAAUAGAUUUGAAGACUCAACCAGUACGUAAUACUGACCGAACUAUUUAUGUGAGAGAUCCAACGUCCAAUAAGCAGCAAAGGCCAGUUCCAGAAUCUCAGCUCUUACCAGGACAGAGGUUUCAAGCUAAAGAUCCAGAGGAGCAAGGGGACAUCGUGGUGGCCUUGUACCCGUACGACGGCAUCCACCCAGAUGACUUGUCUUUCAAGAAGGGCGAGAAGAUGAAAGUCCUGGAGGAACACGGAGAGUGGUGGAAAGCGAAGUCCCUGUCCACCAAGAGAGAAGGCUUCAUCCCCAGCAACUACGUGGCCAAGGUCAACACCUUGGAGACAGAAGAGUGGUUUUUCAAGGACAUAACCAGGAAGGACGCAGAGCGACAGCUCCUGGCGCCAGGGAACAGUGCGGGAGCUUUUCUCAUCAGAGAAAGUGAAACCUUAAAAGGAAGCUUCUCUCUGUCCGUCAGAGAUUUUGACCCUGUACAUGGCGAUGUUAUUAAGCACUACAAAAUCCGCAGUCUGGACAACGGGGGCUAUUACAUCUCCCCACGCAUCACCUUUCCCUGCAUCAGCGACAUGAUCAAGCAUUACCAGAAGCAGGCAGAUGGCUUGUGCAGAAGACUGGAGAAGGCGUGUAUUAGUCCCAAACCACAGAAGCCGUGGGAUAAAGAUGCCUGGGAAAUCCCCCGGGAGUCCAUAAAGCUGGUGAAAAAACUCGGUGCUGGACAGUUUGGGGAAGUCUGGAUGGGUUACUACAACAACAGCACGAAGGUGGCGGUGAAGACGCUGAAGCCAGGCACGAUGUCUGUGCAAGCCUUCCUCGAGGAAGCCAACCUCAUGAAGACGCUGCAGCACGACAAGCUGGUGAGGCUGUACGCCGUGGUCACCAAGGAGGAGCCCAUCUACAUCAUCACCGAGUACAUGGCCAAGGGCAGUUUGCUGGAUUUCCUCAAGAGUGAUGAAGGAGGCAAAGUGCUGCUCCCGAAGCUCAUCGACUUUUCUGCUCAGAUCGCAGAGGGCAUGGCCUACAUCGAGCGGAAGAACUACAUCCACCGCGACCUGCGGGCGGCGAACGUGCUGGUCUCCGAGGCGCUCAUGUGCAAGAUCGCAGACUUCGGCCUCGCGCGCGUGAUCGAGGACAACGAGUACACGGCGCGGGAAGGUGCUAAGUUCCCCAUUAAGUGGACGGCUCCAGAAGCAAUCAACUUUGGAUGUUUCACCAUCAAGUCUGACGUGUGGUCCUUUGGAAUUCUCCUGUAUGAAAUUGUCACCUACGGAAAGAUUCCCUACCCAGGGAGAACCAAUGCAGACGUCAUGACCGCACUGUCCCAGGGCUACCGGAUGCCCCGCAUGGAGAACUGCCCCGAUGAGCUCUAUGACAUCAUGAAAAUGUGCUGGAAAGAAAAAGCAGAGGAGAGGCCGACCUUUGAUUACCUACAGAGCGUCCUGGAUGACUUCUACACUGCCACAGAGGGGCAGUACCAGCAACAGCCAUAGUGCGCCGGGAGACCUGUCCAUCCUACAGGAUGGCUGCGUGACUGGAGGAAAACGUACCGGCACUGGUGCACUUGUUACCUCGUGUGCUGCCGUCUACCACGCCUGGCUCCUGAAGGGAGAGGCCACGGUGCUCAGGAAGAACAACCUGGCCCAGGAAAGUGCUCUGUUCUCUUAGACGCACGUCCGCUGGGAUGAACCCGGAUUGCACCUCAGCUGACCAUCGGGCUUUGUGUGACCAACGUCGGAAUACAGCCUCCAAGAAGAAGACACACCCGCCCUCCAGAUGUGUCCCACACUCGCCCAGCGCUCACGGCUGGAUGUGCAGCUCAAAGGUUGAGAGUCUGCUGCCACAAAUCUACAAUAAUAGCCAAAUUUAACUCAUCUAUAAAGCAGAAAUAACCAGAUGCAUAGCACGACACCUGACAUUUUCUCUGUGCUUUGACUUACUUUAUGAAAUUACUAACCCGACCUGUUAGAUUUUACAGGUGACAUCCGCAGCUUAAAAAGGCCUAUCCCAGAUUUCAGUGUUUCUCUUUUAGGGGUUUUAUUUCCCACCCCUCAGAAUCUAAGACCGUUAAACAUGGUCCUCCUGGAGCAGCUGAUCAGAGUCACCGCUGAGGCGACAGCCACCUGGCACUGUGCUCCUGCAGGAGCUUCGCUUGCGGCGUGCGGGCUGUUGGGUCCUGAAGUGGAGCCUGACUGUGACACCACCUUACGACCCCUGUCAGGACAGAAGAGCCUCAGGAACUGCUCUGCCUUACGGAGGAGUAUUUUUAACUGCCUAAUCUUUUUAAUUGCUCAAUUUCCUAGAUAAAGACUUGUUUUGACUGUUAUAUGAAAGAAUAGUAAGAUUCUAAUCUCUGCAGAGCCUUACAGGGCUUUUUCUAAAACAAGCGUUUCCUUUUUGCUUCACGUGAUUGGAACAUUAUUUUAAGGAUCAAGUAUUAAUUUAGCUGUACUCUAGAAAGUAAAAAUGCCAUAUUUUGGGCUAUUUUUGUGAUUCAGCAGUCUUUUCUAAAUUGUAUGAGAUUUGUGUGAGACUAUUUAUACCCAAGGAUAUGAAGAAAAUAAAGUCAGGCAGCUCCUUCGGCUGCCAUGAUGAGAGAGUUGA